AUGGAAACUUUUAAACACUCGAGAUCACUGCAUGGAUUUGUUUUGUUUGCACUCACUGCGACAGUCAGCAAAGGGUUGGCAUGUGAGGCUCCUUCCUCUCCUCAGUGCUUCAGACGAAAUGAGGAAGAGUCUGUUUACAUUUGCGAAUGGGGCUUCCACACAAUCAAGAGCGACGUGAUGUUUGACCUUUACUUUAAUAACAGUAGCAACAGUAAAGCAACAUUUGUGAACCUUAAGGAGAACCGCACGGAGAUCAUUGAGGAAAAACUGACUGUGGGUUAUGAAGUUGACUUCUGGGUGGAAGCUCACGUUGGAAACUCGAGCUGCACGUCGCUCACGAGCUCCGGUGUACUGGUGCGCUCAGUUAAAUAUGAUGCACCACAGAAUAUUUUGGUUUCCUGGUCAGGGAACAACCUCAGCCUAAGCUGGCCAGCUGCAGGGGAACAUCCAGCUUUAGCCGAGGUCUGGUUUCGACAAUAUGAACACUCCACAGAAUCAUGGGACAAAAAAUUAAUAAAUACCACAUAUGAGGCUUCCAUGUAUAAGAUCAUUGUUGUGAAUCUUGUGAAGCGCUCAGCUUACUGGGUUCAGAUCAGACAUCAGUCUACGAGGGCCCAAACCCCACUGUGGAGCAACUGGUCUCCAGUUAUUAUUGUCCCUGCAGAACUUGAACAUAAGCCUGAAGUCACCAGUAAAACAAAACGUAUUAAUGGCACUCGAAAGGUGACUCUAACUUGGAAGCCUACACCACAUGCAGCUACACCCAAUGGUGUGAAUUACAGUGUGAAUGACACACAUUCGUCUCGUGGAUGUCCGUGUAAGAGGAAGAGCCAUGAAACCAGCACAAACAGUUACACAGUUUACGUGUCGUACUCAGCCGUCAACAUCACUGUUACUGCCAGAAAUGCAGCGGGGGAGUCACCUCGGGCGAUCAUACAAGUGCCUGCUGCAUCUGCAGCAAAUUUAAAAAUUUGUGACAAAAUGUUAAUGGAUGAAAAAAUAAAGAAGAGAACUUGCCUUGAGUUUUACGAGCUCCGAGACGCAGAUUUAAAGCCUGAAAGUGUGAUGACACUAACAGCAAGGAGACAAAGAAAAGAAAAACAGACAAUAAACAAGAACAUGAAGGAUUUCACACGAUACCUUUACUUUGAACACAGAUGUGAUGAUGGCAAACCACAGACGGUUAAAAUGUGCCUUUUUUACAAGAAAGAAGGAGUGCCAAACAAAGAACCGGAUGACUUCACUGUUGUUGCUGAAACACACAACUCUGCUUCCCUGUCCUGGAAGGCGAUUUCACACGAGCACCAGCGAGGCUUCCUUACACACUACAACCUGUGCAGCGAGAAAAUCAGUCCACAGGAUGGGAAGAAAGAGUGCUUCAACGUAUCUGCAUCAGCGACAAAACACCAUCUGAAAGAUUUGACGCCGGGAGCCAAAUACAGCAUCAGUCUGGCUGGAGUGACACGAGCAGGAGAAGGACGUUCAGCAACACAAACCAUCACCACAUUACCAGAGAAACCUGCAAAUGUGUGGCUGAGUUUUGGAUUGCUACUUGCGUUCUUCUUACUGUCAACAUGUUGCACAGUUGUCUUAAAGAGAAUAAAAAAUAAGAUCUUCCCUCCUGUGCCGAUACCUGUGAUCCCGGACUUUAUCCCCCGUCAGCCAGAGAGUGAGGGAGCAGUUGGAUCAAUGUAUCGGGGCUUCGUCUUCAGUAAUGAGGGCGCUGCUUUGGUCGGUUAUGGUGGAAAAAGGGAUGAGUUGAAAGUUUUCUUCUGCUCACAGCAGGAGAUGUGGGAGAGAAAAGAGGAAGUGCAUGAGCUCACACUGCACCAGAUUGUUGCAGAGCAGAAGUCGGUUUCAGAAGAAACCUCUUUUAGGGAAUGGGACGACAGGACCAAUGAGCAUUUGGAGGCUGAGAGGAGUGACUCAGCCGGAUCCGAUGAUGAGUGUUCAAGUCUGGACUCAACAGAUCCGACACUGAGGGAAACAAAGAUGACAGAACUCGAGCAGGUGGAAAAUGAACUUGCCAUGUUGAUCUACAAGAACGGUUUGGUGUUCGAUGUGAAGUCCGAAUCUCCGAAUCACUCUGACUGUUGA